AUGUAUGCUAAUUCACUCAUUCUGUCCUUUUAUGAAGAAUGGAGACAUGAACGGUUACUUAUAGAGCAUUUAAUUGACAUAUCGUCAGGCUCGUUCCUUUUCAAUAAAUCUUCAUCCAGUGAUUUGCAAGCACUGGAGUUGACUUUGCAUACAGUAUGGGUGUGGAAUUUACAAAUCCCAUCUCAGUGUAUCAGGGACAAAGAUAUGGCAAUGGGAGCCAUUCUCUGCUUGUAUGAGUCCGUAGACGACAGUGUUGCUGCACAGCCAAAUCUACCAGCAAACGCUACUUUGAACGAAAAUAUUUUAUUCUAUCUUGGACAGAUUUGCUCGAUUCGUACGCGUCUACGUACAUGCGCCCAGCAAUUAAUUGAAUAUUUGGCACCAUGCAACUCACCGACUAUACAAGCCCACAUCGGAGAUAUGAAGACUGCUGUCACAAGUCUGUUCUCAACAUUUUGUGAUGAUGAUAUGGCCCAAGUACGACGUUUUCUUAACGAUGGAGCCGUUGCAUGUAUAGAGGACAAAAAUACACGGCUGGAUAAUUGUACAGCAAAUAUGGUGGACCUCGUCACAAACAUGCCAAUCGAAUCAAAAACUUUUGAAGCUAUCGAAAUGUGCCACAAGUAUGAUCAAAUGGUGUCUUGUUCAAUGAAUAUCCUGAAUGAAUGUCCCAAACCUUCAACCAGAGAAUUCAUGGAGAACAUAUUUUCUCUUUUCCGUUCGGGAACUUAUUGCAGAGUUACAGUUCCGGAAACUUCUGAAGAUCGCAUAGCUCGUCUAACUGCUGAUCGUAACAUACAUGCAGUAUGGUAUGAGUAUGAAACUUCCUUUGAUAGAGAAAUGCGCUUGGUCUCUAAAUGA